CGACAACGCCAAAUUCGACAAUAAAUCAACGAAGUCUUUUCGCCAGGACGUGUCGUUGACCACAUUCUCUCAACCUCUCGAACUGCCAUCUAGUACGAGAGACUGCAGUUAAGAUGCCUUCAGAAGCUGGUCACCGCCUCUAUGUCAAGGGUCGCCAUCUGAGCUACCAACGUGGCAAGCGCAACACCACCCCAGGAACGAGCUUGAUUCAGAUCGAGGGUGUCUCUGAUACCAAGGCCGCAAACUUCUACCUCGGAAAGAAGGUUGCUUUUGUUUACCGUGCGCAGAAGGAGGUUAGAGGAUCCAAGAUCAGAGUUAUCUGGGGAAAGGUCACUCGGCCACAUGGCAACUCCGGUGUAGUACGAGCACAGUUCCGACGCAACCUCCCUCCUAAGUCAUUCGGCGCAUCCGUGAGAAUUAUGUUGUACCCAUCUUCGAUAUAAGAGGGUGGAGUGGUCUGGAGUUGGUUGCGGUGGACGGUUGAUGACUUGCUACUAUUCGAUCACUGGGUUGGGCAGCAAAAUGAGCGCAUAGCCUUGCUGGUAGCAUUCGAAUGAAAGUAAAUACCAACCAGGUGGAUUGAAAGACUGUGAUAUGAUUUGGAGGCUCCGAGCCAUGAAGCGAUGCGGCUCCGUUGCAGAGACUGGGAAGGUUUAUAUGAACUGGGGCAUGCAGUAUAUGCGUUUCGAAUUGCGUUGUUUGUGUGUU